AUGCUGGAUGAUGACACGGAGCUCCGGGCGGGCGGGAACUCCCUGCUGCAGGCCGUGCGGCUGGGGCGGCUGCGGCUCACCCGGCUGCUGCUGGAGGGCGGCGCGUACAUCAACGAGAGCAACGACAGGGGGGAGACAGCGCUCAUGGUGGCCUGCCUCACCCAGCACGAGGACGCACACAGCAGCAGCAGGUGGAAAAUGGUGAAGUUCCUGCUGCAGCAUCGGGCAGACCCCAACAUCCAGGACCGGUCGGGCAAGACGGCACUGAUCCACGCGUGCGUUGGCCAGGCCGGGGGUGACGUGGUGUCAUUGCUGCUGGCCAGUGGCGCUGACCCCAGCCUCGAGGACCACACAGGGGCUUCGGCCCUGGUUUAUGCCAUCCAGACAGACGACAAAGACACGCUUCGCCAUCUCUUGGAUGCCUGCAGGGCCAAAGGGAAGGAAGUGAUCAUCAUCACCACUGACAAAUCCCCUUCAGGCUCCCAGACCACCCAGCAGUUCCUUCACACUGCCCUGGCCCCCAGGACGGAGGGCCGGCCGUGUGCCUCCCCUUCGGAUGUGGAGCUGCAGGCCCCUGGCCUAGGGCCUCCAGCAACCCAGAAUGAUCAUGAUCACGACUUCUUCCCUCUCCAGCCGGGACAUCCAAGUGUUCCCAGCCCCUCGAAGAGCCUCCAGGAGUCGGGGUCACCCACCCAGAAGGGAGGGAACCCCAAAAGGGCUCGUCUACCCCAACUGAAGAGGCUUCAGUCCGAACCCUGGGGUCUCCUUGCCCCUUCUGUGCGUCAGGAGGAGGCCCCUGGCCCAGGCGUGGACAGCGGGGUCAUCAUGAGCAAGGGUGACAUGGCCUUCCCCAAGAGGGGACCCCUCUCCAGGACCAGCAGCAUGGAUGGCAAAGAGCAGGGCCUCAGGCUGGCAGCCUCCUCACCGUCAGCCUCCUGGAAAGGGCAGGCUUCUCAGCCACUGCUAGCCAGGCUAGGGCCCCUUCCUGCUGACCCAGAGAAGGGGGGCAUGUGUCUGCCAGGGCCCCCUGCUCUUAAAGAGAUCGCCUCCUUCAAAAGGCUAGAAAAUGACUUGGAUUUAUCACCAAAGGCCAACUCUCCUGCCUCCAUGGCCCCUGAGGCCAGCAAGGGUCUCCUGGAUAGAAAGAAGUGGGGUGAGACACCCCCGCCUCUGUUCCACGGCUCUCGGGACUCGCUGGACACCGUGGCCAGCACCUCUCCCAUGUCCGUGUGUCGCAGGCAUCCCCAUCUUCUGGAAAGACGAGGCUCGGGGACUCUGUUGCUCGAGCGCUUUUCUCCUGCGAGGCCUGGCUUCCUUCCACCUCUAAAUGUCAACCUCAACCCCCUGAUUCUGGAUGGGAGGGCCGGCGGCAAGACCUCGUCCCCCCUCCUCACCAGCGGCCUGAAAACGAUGCUGCCCGCGGCCCCACAGUCUCCCAAGACAGUGGAGUCGAGAAAUAAGAAGCAGCUGCUCCGAAGGCAUUCCAUGCAGGCCGAACAGAUGAGGCAGCUAGCUGUCUGA